UCCGCCUCGAGCGUGUAGCUUCCGGGUCAACUCGUACAUGCGAGCACUGACAGCAGCAGAUGUAGCACCGUCGUACAGCUCUUAUUUUGUCAUGAACAGGAAUAUUUAACGCGUUAUCGCGCAGAAAAAUAUACACCUGAUAUUCCCGGACGUUUCACCACUUAGAAGUCGGCUACAGUUUAUUCAAAAUGGUGUUUUAUUUCACAAGUGCCGUGGUCGAGCCGCCCUACACUAUCUACAUGGGAAAGGACAAAUAUGAAAAUGAAGAUCUAAUUAAAUAUGGAUGGCCUGAAGACAUCUGGUUUCAUGUGGAUAAACUGUCCUCAGCCCACGUUUACCUGAGAAUGCCAAAGGGUCUGACCAUAAAUGACAUUCCCAAGGAGGUGCUGAUCGACUGUGCGCAGCUUGUGAAGAACAACAGCAUCCAAGGCUGUAAAAUGAACAACAUCAAUGUGGUUUACACACCGUGGGGCAACCUGAAAAAGACUGGAGACAUGGACGUGGGACAGAUCGGCUUCCAUCGACAGAAAGAGGUGAAGAUUGUGGCAGUGGAGAAGAAGAUCAACGAGAUCAUAAACCGGCUGGAGAAAACGAAAGACGAGCGGUACCCAGACCUGGCAGCAGAGAAAGAGUCAAGAGACCAAGAGGAGAGGAAUGAGAAGAAAGCCCAGCUCCAAGAGCAGAAGAGGAAAGAGAAGGAAGAGCUGAAAAGGAAAAAAGAGAUGGAGGAACUUAGGAACUAUUCUUCGUUGAUGAAGAGCGACAAUAUGACCAGUAAUGAGGCGGGCUACGAUUCUGACGACUUCAUGUGAAGAACAAGGCAAAACGAGCAGACAGUAUCAUCCUCCAGCAGUCACGUCUGCUGUUGGGACACUUCCCGCUGCUUUGCCUACUGUAACAGUGCAUUGACAUUGUACAAAGACAAAUGGAAACUUAGCUUUUGGACACUCGGAGCAGCAAGCGAGCCAGUGAGAGAGAGAGCGGGGACUUUUCUGUAUGCUGAUUGGUUCAAACACUGCUUCCAGACCAAACCGAUUUGGUUGGCCUCUGCAAAAUGGGACAACAUUGUAGCAGCAACAUAGGACAUCAACGUUAAAGCAAUGCUGAAGAUUGUUGCUAACAAACCUUACACGCAGCAGAUCAGUUUUGAUCGGGUUUUCGCUGUAAUGUCCAGUCAUGCUGGUAUCUGUAGGGGAUACUAAAGCAAGUGGCCCAUUCUGGCUGCAGGAUAAAUCAUCCUUCUAUUCACGUUCUUCAUACUUAAUUUGCUCAUUGCCAUUGCAUGUCAGAUUCCAUAACAAGCAAUCCAGUGUAUGCAUUAAAUUCACUGUUCUGAUUAGUUAUUGGCACCUCUUGCAUUUUUGUCUACAAGCCACCACUCAAAAAUGUGGUAAAAUUUUUAACAACUUUAAAAGAUUUUGAGUUAUCAGCAAAAUUGCAAGGGGUACCAUGACAAAUGUUUGAAGCUCUUCUAGCUUUUGUGAUUCAGUCAUUUAGACUAAAGGGGAAUGACUGUGUUCAUGUAAUGAAUGAGCUGCUCUGAGACAAAAGAUGUUGAUGUGUCUUGGCAUUUUGGGUGAAAAUGUUUUUGUCUUGAGCAUUUGAACACCUUAAAUGUAUCUUUGUUAUGACUACAUGUGCUGUCAUUAAUUAAAGCUACCCCUUCCCCACAGUUUUUUUUUCUACCUAACCAGCAGGAUUUAAAACUCUUAAUCCACAUUAAAGUUUGAUUAUAAGACUGUU